CUUUUGGCAUGUGGGUAGUAAUUUUAUAGAUUGGCCAUGUUAAACUAUUUUUUUCCUUCAGAGCUUCACAUUAUAUUACAGGCUAAAAAUGGCAGGAGAGGUAGUUUUAGUGUCGUCGAGCAUUGUUCGACCCGUAAACAGCAACCAAACCGGUCGAACUAAGAUCCAUCUUACUCCUUUUGACUUCAGUCUUCUUCAAUUCAGUAGUCCUCAAAGAGGUCUUCUCUUUCCAAAACCCGAUCCCAGUUUCAAUCUCAUCUCUCAGCUAAAGGCCUCUCUCUCUCUUGCCUUAGAUAUAUACUUCCCUUUCGCGGGUCGUCUCGUGAAGACGGAGAAUCUUGAAGACAAUACGGUGUCGUUAUUUGUAGACUGUGAUGACUCUGGCGCUAGAUUUCUCCACGCCGAAGCUAAAUCUGUCUCGGUGAGUGAUAUUCUUCAACCUGAUGGUUCUGUGCCUUGUGUCCUAGAUGAUUUCUUUCCCCGCAACGGUUUAAAAAACUGUGACGGCGCACCCGAGCCCGUGCUUGUUGUACAAGUCACCGAGAUGAAGGAUGGAGUGUUCAUCGGUUACAGUUACAACCACUUGGUUGGAGAUGGGGUUUCAAUGUGGGAUUUUUUUCAUACUUGGUCCAAGAUUUGCUCGAGUGGUGGUUCCGAAUUCAAACGUAAGCCUCUUGUUCUCAAAGGAUGGUUUCUCGAGGGGAUCGGUUACCCGAUCCAUAUUCCGGUUUCAAUGACGGAGAGGCCGCCACCACCAAGCCGUGAAUCUUCUUUGGUGCACAGUACGAAACAUUGGAUGCUUCACUUCACAAAGAAGAAUAUCUCAGAUCUCAAAGCUAAAGCUAACAGCGAGGUCUCCAGUGACCUGGUAAUUUCAUCUCUUCAAGCGGUUUCAGCACAUAUGUGGCGAUCAAUCAUCAGACACAGUGGUUUGAGCCAAGAACGAGAGACACAAUUAGAACUAGUGGUUGACUUAAGGCAGAGGAUAAAUCCUUCGCUUGAGAAAGAUUGCUUUGGGAAUAUGGUCUAUCUUGCAACAGCCGUAACCACCGUGGAAGAGCUGUUGGAUCGUGGCUUGGGUUGGGCUGCUCUGGAAAUAAGAAAAUUAGUGAGCUCGCAAAUGAAUGAAAACUGUAAAAGUUUUGCAGAUGACUGGGUUAGAAAUGUUAAAAACCUAAAAUUAGGCACUGACAGUAAAGUAGACGGUGAUACUAUAGUUAUCGCAAGCUCUCCCCGGUUCGAAAUGUACAACAAAGAUUUUGGUUGGGGAAAACCUAUUGCAGCUCGAUCUGGACCGUCGAGUAGUUUCAAUGGAAAGCUUACACUUUUUCCAGGAAUCAAUGAAGGAAGUAUUGAUGUUCAGGCUACCUUACGAUCGGAUGUACUAGUGAACCUACUAGCUGAUAUGGAAUUUUUAGAGCAUGUUCGAUUGAUUUAGGGACAUGUAUACUCUUUGGCUUCCACAUUUACCUCUUUUGUUGUAUAACGUAUGGUUCUGGCUAAGGUUAUGGUCUUGAUCAUUGCUAUUUGAAAUGCAUUUUAUUGA